AUGAUGGUGUUCCAGGCAUCAACAACAACUCCCCUAUACCUAUCCGGGUGGCGACCGCUAGGCGCCGGCCAGUACGUGGGGACCUGCAUCUUUCUCGUCGUCCUCGGCACAUUCACCCGCAUCAUGCUGGUGCUCAAGCCGGUCGUCGAGAGCAGGCGGUGGCGACCGGCCUCGCUCGCAAAGACGGCGGCGACGGAGCACCACCAAGUCCGCAGGGGCGGCAUUUCCUGGCUGUCGACGGUGGAGAGGGCGCUCUACGACGUUUUGGUGGCUGCGCUGGGUUAUUUGCUCAUGCUUGCCGUCAUGACCAUGAACAUUGGUUACUGCAUAUCGGUCCUCGGCGGCGUCUUUUUCGGUUCUUUGGCCGCCGGAGCAUGGUCCACUGAGCAGGAGGGGGACUGGCUACCGUGCGCUGAGUGA